AUCUAGCAGGAGAGUUGACAUGGAGCCUCUUGACCUCACAUGGAAGAAUUUGGGGAGAGUUGAGGCAGUAGUAGUGCACAAGGCUGGAUGCCCAUCUCGUUCUGUGCGUGGGGAAGUGAAUUUUCGUCGGUGGAGGCUCACGUGUGGCAAGGAUGAGGGUGCCACGAGCCCAUGACCGGCCAUGCGUCUCUAUGUGAUCUACAAUUAUUUCUAUACCAAGAAGUUAUGUGGUCUCUUAUAUGCCCCUCUGCCAAACAUUAUUUUGGCAUCCUACUGCUUGUAGAAGAUCCUCCUAUGAAGGUGAAAUCUCUAUGACUCGUGCUUCACCCACGAGCCAACCCAUGUGCUUCUCACCAAGUCUCGAAGCAACCGGUGACGAGGUUUAGAAAAAAUCAGCAUGUAUUGUACGUAUAAAACAAUGAAGAAAUCCAGAUAUAAAUAUUUAUACAAUCAAAUAAGGGGUGUAAUUUGAACACAAGCAUCGAUGGAAGGCUCCAACUGCAAGGCCGCAUGACCCACAUGAGCGGCAUGAGCGGCAUUGGCAUCAAGGCAAUGAGAAGGGUAUGUGUAAAAGUCUAAACUACAGAAAAUUAAACAUUAAGAAGAUAUGAUAGACACGCCUACUUUAGUUUUGAACAAAUUAUUGAGACCUUUCAUGUUUUUAGAGUCAUGGUCCGUACUUUCAUUUUGUAUUAUAAAUUGCAAUUCUUCUAUUAUAUUACAAUACAGUUUUUUAUAUACCAUAAGAAUGCAAUGUAUAUACACAUUCUUUUAUUAGACUUUUAUUACUGACGUCUUCACCCCGUCUUUGUUUAAAUCUUGGCUCUGUCCCUGCUAACGGGUCUUUCUCGUCUAAUUAAAUACGAUACAAUUUGGCAUCACUUUAGUUUCUAACAGUUCUUCUAGAAUAUAGAUUUGAAGUGCAGAAAAUGAUAAGUAGGGUCGGAGGGAAGAGAGUUGAUGAAUGUACACAAUUAUUCAGUUGAUGCCAGUUCUAGUGUCUGGUCAAACGGGUCUUCGCAAGAAUUAAGAAAUUAUUAUAGCAAUGAAGGUGGAAGCAAGGUCUGCGUCGCUCCGUCUCUCGUGCUGAGGAUUCAUGUCGCGGAGCCACGGUUCUAGUGGCAAGGUGGCUUUCGGCAGAUGACGCUUGUAGGUGCUGAUGGCCGGAUCCGUAUCGCGAGGGUGCGGUGAGGUGUCAGCGGGUGGAGGUAGAGGUGGCUUUCGACAGACGACAUUCGCGAGUGUUGAUGGCCAGAUCCGUCGGUCGCGUGGGGGGGGGAGGUGCCAGCAGGUGGUGGUCGAGGCGGCAGCAUGUUUCGGCAGAUGACGCUCGCAAUGUUGAUGGUCAGAUCCGUCCGUCGUGUGGGCGCGACAAGGCGUCAGCGGGUGGUGGUCAAGGCGAUGGCAUCUUUCGGCAAACGACGCUCGCGGGUGCCGAUGGCCGGAACCGUCGGCCGCGGGGGCGCGGCGAGGUGUCGGUGGGUGGUGGUCGAGGCGGCGGCAUCUUUCGGCAGACGACGCUCGCAGGUGCCGAUGGCCGGAACCGUCGGCCGCGGGAGCGCGAUGAGGUGUCAGUGGGUGGUGGUAGAGGCGGCGGCAUGUUUCGACAGAUGACGCUCGCAGGUGUUGAUGGCGGGAUCAGUUGGUCGCAGGAGCCCGCCAGGUGUCAACAGAUGGUGGUCGAGGCGGCGGCCUCUUUCGGCAGACGACGCUCGCAGGUGCUGAUGACUGGAUCCGUCGGUCGCGGGGGCACGGCGAGGUGUCACCAGGGUGGUCGAGGCAGCGGCCUCUUUCGGCAGACGAUACUCGUAGGUGUUGAUGGCCAGAUCCGUUGUUCACGGGGGCGUGGUGAGGUGUCAGUGGGUGGUGGUCAAGGCAGCGGCCUCUUUCGGCAGACGAUGCUUGCAGGUGUUGAUGGCCGGUUCCGUCGGUCGUGGGGGCGUGGUGAUCUGUCAGUGGGUGGUGGUCAAGGCGGCGGCCUCUUUUGGCAGACGAUGCUCGCAGGUGUUGAUGGACGGUUCCGUCGGUUGCGGGGGCACGGUGAGGUGUCUGCGGGUGGCGGUCAAGGCUGCGGCAUCUUUAGACAGACAACGGGCGCGGGUGCUGAUGGCCGGAUCCAUCGGUCGUGGCCGCGCGGCGAGGUGUUAGUGGGUGGUGGUCGAUGCGGCGACAUCUUUCGGCAUAUGACGCUCACAGGUGUUGGUGCACGGUGAUGUGUCAGCGGAUGGUGGUCGAGGCGGCGGCCUCUUUCGGCAGACGACGCUAGAAGGUGCUGAUGGCCAGAUCCAUCGGUCGCGGGGGCACGACGAGGUGUCAGCGGAUGGUGGUCGAGGCGGCGGCCUCUUUCGGCAGAUGACGCUCGCAGGUGUUGAUGGUCGGUUCCACACGUCGCGGGGACGGGGCAAGGUGUCAGCGGGUAGUGGUGGAGGCGGUGGCAUCUUUCGGUAGGGGACGCUCACAAGUGUUCAUGACCGGAUCCAUUAGUCGCGGGGGAGCGGCGAGGUGUCAGCCGAUGGUGGUGGAGGCAGCGACACCUUUUGGCAGACGACACCCACAGGUGCUGAUGACCGGAUCCGUAAUUUUGAUGGUUCUUCAUGACGUGCCCACCUCCUCCUCGGUGUCACAUCGUCCGGUUCCGUGGAGAUGGAACGUUGGUUCCUUGCAGAUCGUAUUUCGGUUCGAAAUGUAAUUUGAAGGUUCUUCCUAACGAACCCACCUCCUUCCUCCAUGCCACAUCAUCCGGUUCCACGGGUGGGAAGUCGGUUCCAUGCAAAUCGUAUUUCAGUUGUAGUUUUGAUGGUUCUUCGUGACAAACCCACCUCCUCCCUCCGUGUCAUGUCGUCCGGAUCCAUGGAGAUGGAACACCGGUUCAUUGCAAAUUGUAUUUCGGUUUGAAGUGUAGUUUUCACGGCUCUUCAUGACAAACCAACCUCCUCCCUCCGUGUCACGUCGUCCGGUUCCAUGGAGGUGGAAUGUCGGUUCCUUGCAAAUCGUAUUUCAGUUCGAAGUGUAGUUUUGAAGGUUCUUUAUGGCAAACCCACUUCCCCUCUGUGUCAUGUCGUCCGGUUCCACGGAGGUGGACGUCUGUUCCUUACAGAUCGUAUUUAGUCUCGAAAUGUAGUUUUGAUGGUUCUUCAUGAUGAACCCACUCCUCCCUCCGUGUCAAGCCGUCAGGUUCCAUGGAGGUGGGACGUCUGUUCCUUGCAAAUCGUAGUUCGGUUCAAAGUGUAGAUUUGACAGUCAGGAUGAACCCACCUCAUCCCUUCUUGUCACGUCAUCUGGUUUCGUGGAGGUGGAAUGUCGGUUCCUUGCAAAUUGUAUUUUAGCUUGAAGUGUUGUUUUGGCGAUUCUUCAUGACGCACCCACCUCCUCCCUCCGUGGCACGUCGUCCGGUUCCGUGGAGGUGGGACGUCGGUUCCUUGCAAAUCGUAUUUCAGUUCGAAAUGUAGUUUUGACGGUUCUUCAUGAUGAACCCACGUCCUCCCUCUGUGUCACGUCAUCUGGUUCCGUGGAGGUGGGACAUCGGUUCCUUGCAAACCAUAUAGGUGGGUUCUGCUAGCCCGACACACAUCCAAACAUUGAUCCCGUACCGGGAGGGUGGCACGCCGAUUCUUUGGAGAUAAUAUUUUGAUUCCAAUAGUAUAUUUGACAGUUCUUCGGGGUGACCAUCAUGUUGUAGCGACGACUUCGACGAGUGUGAUUGAUAAAAAGGUAUCACCGCUAGCCCGACACACAUCCAAAAAAUGAUCCGAUUUUAGGAGGGUGGAACGCCGGUUCAUUGGAAAUACUAUUUCGGUUCCAAAUAUGUAUUUGACAGUUCUUCAUGGUGACCACCAUGUUGUAUCAGACGGCUUCGAGGAGCGUGAGCGAUAAAAGACCAUCACCACUAGCCUAACAAACAUCCAAAAAUUUAUCUCAUUCUGGGAGGAUGGCAUGCCAGUUUUUUGGAUAUACUAUUUCGGAUCCAAUUGUAUAUUUGAUAGUUGUUCAUGGUGACCACAAUGUUGGAUCGAAUGGCUACGACGAGUGUGAGCGGUACCCCGACAUACAUCCAAAAAAUGAUCCAGUUUCGGGAAGGUGGCAUGCCAAUUCUUUCGAAUACUAUUUCCAUUCCAGUUGUAUAAUUAAUAGUUCUUCGUGCUGACCAUCAUGUUGCAUCGGACGGCUUCGACGAGUGUGGGUGAUAAAAGGUCAUCGCCGCUAGACCGACACACAUCCAAAAAUUGAUCCGGUUCCAAGAGGGUGGCACGUCAGUUCGUUGGAAAUAUUAUUUCGGUUCUAAUUGUAUAUUUCACAGUUCUUCAUGGUGACCACCAUGUUGUAUCGGACGACUUCGACGAGUGUGAGCUAUAAAAAGCCAUCACCGCUAGCCCGACAUACAACCAAACAUAUAUUCGGUUCCGAGAGGGUGGCACGCCGGUUCUUUGGAAGUACUAUUCCGAUUCCAAUUGUAUAUUUGACAGUUCUUCAUAAUGACCACCAUGUUGCAUCGGACGGCUACGGUGAGUGUGAACGAUAAAAGGCCAUUGCCGCUAGGCCGACACACGCGCAAAAAAUUAGUUCCAUACCAGGAGGGUGGCACGCUGAUUCUUUCGAAAUAGUAUUUCGGUUCCAAUUAUAUAUUUGAUAGUUCUUCAUGGUGACCACCAUGUUGCAUGGUACGGUUUCGAUGAGUGUGAACGAUAAAAGGCCAUCGCCGCUACGCCGAGACACAUGCAAAAAUUAAUUCGGUACCGGGAGGGUGGCACGUCGGUGCUUUGGAAGUACUAUUUCGGGUCCAGUUGUAUGUUUCAUAGUUCUUUAUGGUGACCGUCGUGUUGUACCAAACAACUUUGACAAGUGUGAGCUAUAAAAAAACAUCACCACUAGCCCGACACACAACAAAAUAUUGAUUCGAUUCCGGGAGAGUGGCACGCCAGUUCUUUGGAAAUACUAUUUCGGUUCCAAUUGUAUAUUUGACAGUUCUACAUGGUUACCAUCAUGUAGCAUCGGACGACUUCGAUGAGUGUGAGCGAUAAAAGGCCACACCGCUAGGCCGACACACAACCAAACAUUUAUUCGGUUAAGAGAGUGGCACGUCGGUUCUUUGGAAAGACUAUUUCGGUUCCAAGUGUAUAUUUGACAGUUCUUCGUGGUGACCACCAUGUAGCAUCGGACAACUUCGAUGAGUGUGAACGAUAGAAGGCCAUCGCCGCUAGGCCGACACACAUGCAAAAAUUAGUCCGGUACUGGGAGGGUGACACGUCAGUUCUUUGGAAAUACUAUUUCGGUUCCAAUUGUAUGUUUCACAGUUCUCUAUGAUGAACACCAUGUUGUAUCAGAUGACUUCGACGAGUGUGAGCGAUAAAAGGCCAUCGCCGCUAGGCCGACACACAUGCAAAAAUUAGUCCCUAAUUGUAUAUUUGACGGCUUUUCAUGGUGACCACCAUGUUGUAUCAGACGACUUCGAAGAGUGUGAGCUAUAAAAACCAUCACCUCUAGCCUGACACACAACCAAAGAUUGAUUCGGUUCCGGGAGGGUGGCAUACCGGUUCUUUGGAAAUAUUAUUUCGGUUCCAAUUGUAUAUUUGACAGUUCUUCAUGGUGACCACAAUGUUGCAUCGGACGGCUUCGAUGAGUGUGAGCGAUAAAAGGCCAUCGCCGCUAGGCCGACACACAUGCAAAAAAUAGUCCCCAAUUGUAUAUUUCACAGCUUUUCAUGGUGACCACCUUAUUGUAUUAAACAACUUCGACGAGUGUGAGCUAUAAAAACCAUCACCUCUAACCCGACACACAACCAAACAUUGAUUCGGUUCUGGGAGGGUCGCAUACCGGUUCUUUGAAAAUACUAUUUCGGUUCCAAUAGUGUAUUUGACAGUUCUUCAUGGUGACCAUCACGUUGUAUCGGACGGCCUCGACGAGUGUGAACGAUUAAAAGCCAUCGGUGCUAGCCCGACACACAUCCAAAAAUUGAUCCGAUUCCGAGGUGGUGGCACGCCGAUUCUUUGGAAAUAUUAUUUCGAUUCUAGCUGUAUAUUUGACAGUUCUUCAUGGUGACCACCAUGUUGUAUCAGAGGACAUUGAUGAGUGUGAGCGAUAAAAAGCCAUCGCUGCAAGCCUGACACAGGUCCAAAAAUUAAUCCUGUUCCGGGAGGGUGGCACACCGGUUCUUUGGAAACCUCUAUUUUAUAUUGUCAGAACCAUGCAUACCGCGUAAAGGCACCUUCUUACAUGUGGACGAGAACCUUUUCUAUACUGUGGACGUUGCACUGCCUACACCCUUAUACAUAAAAAAAACUAUGUGCACAUGUCGGUGCUUGGAAAACUAUGUACCCAUGUCUUACGUGUUUAUGCUGGUUUCUUGAAAUGUUCAAAAUACUUUCUUGGGUCAAGGCCUACAAUUUGCAUUGUAUAAAAACAAGUCUAUAAUGGAUGAGCUCGAGUCCUUAAAAAUUUCAUAAAAAUGAACAUGGCAUAGAAUUAGUGUCAAAUAGGGUUGUUGUUAUUCUUUUGUACGUGUAGACGCAAUAUGUAUUGGUCAAAGAAUUCAUACCAGUCAAACAAUUUCAUACCAAUUGAUAUUUUUUUAACUGAACCAUGAUUGUGCAUUUAUUUACUUUUAAAGAAAUCUGUGAAAAUGCUCCGCAUGCCGUUGCUGUCAUGGUCGGUUUGUUUUAUUCUAGUUGGCUUGGUGCGCGUCGGAGGGGUCACGGGGGCUCUACAAGGCCCACAAAAAGCCUAUGACAUCAUUUCCAUAGAGAGCACCUAACCCACAACCCCAAUCCCGCCCUUCUCUCUUGGACUCUCUCUUCUUCAAGCCCAGUUCACCAUGUCCUCGGUCAGAUGCUAAUCUAAUCAAAAAGCCUUCCUAAAAAAAUUAAUCGAAAAGCCGGUUCGUAGAGCUUGUUCUAUCCUUGCGAACUUGGGCUAUUUAUAGUUGCUAAUCUAAUUUAAAAAAUGGCAUGUUGCAGUUCGGUGUGUUUUCGAUUGGAGUUUGCGUUGUUUCACAUCAGCUAGUGCUCUGAACUAGUUUCUCGUAGCUAGCGAUGUUGCAUGACAGCUAGUUCUGACAGCUUAUGUUUUUUGUGGAGCUAGCUCUGUUGUGUCAGAGCUGAGAACCAGCAGGGUCAAAUACAGGGUCUCGUGAUCGGUUUUCACAAGUAGGAAGGUCAGACUCAAUCUUUCGAAGCGUGGAUAGCAGAAACGACAAACUGUUACCAUCGUUCAAUGCGGCCAUCUGUUUAUACAAAACGUCAAAGUUUGACAGACAGAGAUUUGAAAAGGCAGGAUUCCCCCAUUCCAUUUUGGUCUAUCCCAUCUCAUUAUUGCUGGGUGGUUGAACACCACACGGGCUCACGGAGUGCAGCCGCUCUUAGCAAUGGCCUCGAACUUGAACUCCUCGAACUUGAACUCCGGCGUCAUCUCGGAAACUUGUGGUAACCUUCUUGCCUCGAAGGACUCCGCCGUUGAUAAUCUACCGAAGGAGGGCCGUUAUCACGGAGGGCUUCUACAUCAUCAUAGCCUCUUCGAUGAAGUGUGAGUAGUUUAUUUCAGACCUUCGGAUCCAUAGUUAGUAGCUAGAUGGCUUCUUCUCUCUCUUUGAAUCUCAAUACAAAGUUCUCCCCCUCUCUUGUGGAGAUCUAUUCGAUGUAAUUUUCUUUUUGCGAUGUGUUUGUUG